AGUUCAGCCCAUGCCAGGCCACUGUCUUGAUGCUGUACAGAAAUCAGGCUCUCCAGAAGGAAGUUGGGGCAGGGCAACGCUGUGGUGUCAUCUUGGACAGGACUAACUUCUAUGCAGAGCAGGGCGGGCAAGCCUCUGACCAAGGCUACAUGAUACGUUUAGGACAGCAGGAUAUACUCUUCCCCGUAGAGUCAGUUCAUCUCUCUGGUGGUUACGUGGUCCAUGAGGUCACUGCUGUGGAAACCCUGCGUGCUGGGGACCAAGUACAGCUCUUCGUGGAUGAGGCCCAGCGGCUGGCCUGCAUGACGAACCACACCGCUACCCACCUGCUCAACUUUGCGCUCCGCCACGUCCUGGGGAACAGCAUGGAACAACGAGGGUCCCAUGUGACAGCGGAGCGGCUGCGCUUCGACUUUGAUACCAAGGGCCCUGUGACUGUGGAGCAGCUGCAGCAAGUGGAGCAAGUGGUCCAGGAGGUGAUUAAACGAAAUGAGGUUGUGCAUAUGGCUGAGGUUCCCCUCGUGCUGGCCAGAAGAGUUCAGGGACUCCGUGCAUUGGAUGAGGGGUAUCCAGAUCCAGUGAGGAUAGUGUCCCUGGGGGUCCCUGUGGAGACUGUGCUGACCCGCGACUCUGAGGCUGCAUUGCAGACCUCUGUGGAACUCUGCUGUGGGACGCACCUCCUACAGACAGGAGCUGUGGAAGAUCUGGCCAUCAUCAGUGAGCGCCAGCUUGUUAAAGGGAUCAGCCGUGUCAUUGCCGUGACAGGGAGACAAGCCAAGCAGGCCCGGGAAGUAGGCCAGUGCUUGGCUAUGGAAGUGGACUCUGUCUCCCUACGAAUGAAGCAGAGGAGCACCUCUAUUCCUGAGAUGCAGAACGUCUCCAAAGAAGUGGGCCAGUUGACCAAAGUGGUGUCCAGCACUGCAAUGCCCCAGUGGCAAAGAAAAGAACUACAGACCGUCCUCAGAGCGCUACAGCGAACAGCCAACACUGCUGUCAAGAAGCUGGAGGUGCAGCAGGCUGAAAAGAAGGCACAAAACCUGCUAGCAAAACACUGCAACCAACCUGUCAUCGUUGAUACUGUCCCAGCUGAUUCCCUCUCUAUCCUAAUGAAGGUAGUGAACCAGCUGUGUGAUAAGUCCCCUGGCACGUCAGUCCUGCUGCUCAGCCCCCAGGCGUCUGGUGAGGUGCUCUGUGCCUGUCAGGUGGCCAAGAACUGCCUCCCCAUGUUCUCUGCUGCUGACUGGGCCGUGGCUGUCUGCACACAGAUGGAAGGGAAGGCAGGAGGCUCUCCUGUCGUUGCCAAGGGCAGUGGAAAUGCCAGGGGCAUGCAGGGAGCCCUGACUACUGCACUGGAGUUCGCUCAGAGUAAACUGUGA